AUGUUUGUUGGUUGGUAUGUGGUUGUUGGAUUUUUGGGGUGUUGGUGUUGUUGGGGUUUUAUUGGUGGUUGGGUUGGGGGUUUGGGUGAGUGGUUAGUGGUGGGGUUGUUAUUGGGGUAUAGUUUUGUGUGGGGUAUUUUGGAGGUGUUGGUUUGUGAUUUUUUAUGUUGGGUUUUUUGGGGGGUUGGUGGGUGGGGGUGGUGGUGGUUGGUGGUGGGAGGUGGGGUUGUAGUUUGUUGGUUUUUUUUUUGGUGGGUUUUUUGUUGGUGGUUUUAUGAGGUUGGUAUAGUGUGUUGGUUUUGUUGGGGGUUGUGUGUGGUGUGUGUUUGGUGGGGUUGUUGGGUGGUUGGGUUUUUUGUGGGGUUUAUGUGGUGGUGUUGUGUUGUGGGGGGUGGGUUGGUGUGGGGGUGUUGGGGGUGGUGGUUUGGGUUUUUUGGUUGUGGUGGGUGUUUGUGGUUUUGUGUUUGGGGGGGUUUUGGGGGGGUGUGGUGUUGGGGUGUUGUGUGGGGGUUUUUUUGUGGGGGGUUUUGUUUGGUUGGUUUUAUUAUAUUGUGGUUUGAGUGGUGGUGGGAGUUUUUUUGGGGGGGGGUGGUGGGUGGGGGGUGGUGGUGUGGGUUUUUGUUGGUGGGUUUUGUGUGGGGGUUUGUGUUGGGGGGUUGUUGUUGUAGUUGGGGUUUGUUUAGGGUGGGGUUGUUUUUGGGUGGGGGUGUGUUUGGGGGGUGGUUGGUGGGUGGGUGGUGGUGGUGGAGUUGUGUAGUGGGUUGGUUUGUGAUGUUUGGGUUUAUAUUUGGUGGGGGUAUGUAUUUGGAUGGGAUUAUUUGGGUUGUGUUGGGGUUGUGGUGUGGGGGUUAUGUUUGUUUGUUUUGUUGGUAUGGGGUGGUUGUGGUGUGUGGAUGGGGUGGUGGUGGUUGGGGUUUUUUAGGUGUGGUUGGUUUGGGUUGGGGUGGGUGUGUGUGGUGGGUGGGGGUGGGUGGGUGGUGGGGGGGGGGUGGUGGUGGGGGGUUUUGGUUGUGUGGUUGGUGUGGGUUUUGUGGGUGUGUUGUUGUGGGGGGUGUGUGGGGGGGGUUUGUGUUGGUUGUGGGGGGUUUUUUAGGUGGUGUGUGGGUGGUGUGGUUUGGGUUGGGUGGGGUGUUUUUGGUGUUGUUUGUGGUUUGUGUUGGUGUUUUUGAAUGGUGUUUUGUGGUUGUUUUUGGUUUGGUGGUGGGUGUGGGGGGGUUGGGGAUUGGGGUGUUGUUGUGGGGGUGUGGUGGGGUGUGUUUGGUAGUGGGAUUUGGUGGUUUGUUGGGGAUGUUGGGUGGUUUUUAUGUGGGUGUUUUGGUGUGUUGUGUUGGAAGGAGGGUGGGAGUGUGUUGUUUGGAGGAGGGUUGGGUGUGUUGUGGAUGUGGUUUAGGGGUGUGUGUGGUAAGUUGUGUUGUGUUGGUUUGUGGUGUUGGUGGUGGUGGUUGUGGGUGUUGGGGUUUGGUUGGGUGGUGGUAUGUUGUGGUGUUUGUUUUGAUUUUUGUGUUUUGUUUUUUGUUGUUGUUGGUUGGUGGGGGGGUUGGUGUUUUGGGGUGGUGGGGUUGGGGGUGUGUUGGUGGGUUUUUUUUGUUUGGUUGUUUUUUUUGGUGGUUUGAGUGUGUGGGGGGUUGUAGGUGGGGUUUUGUUGGAGGGGUGUGUUGGGGUUGUGUGGUUAGGGUUUGUGUUUUGGGUAUGGUGGUGGUGGGUUGGGUUAUGUGUGUUUGUUGGUGUGUGGUAUGGUGGUGGGUUUGUGGGUGUGAUGGGAUGGGUGGUGUUGGUUGUGUUAUUAUUGGGGUAUUGGUUGUGGGGUGUUUGGGUUUGGAUGAUUUUGGGGGGGUGGGUUGGUUUGGGUGGUUGGGUGGGGUGGUUUUUGAGGUUGGAUUGUUUUUGGGGUGUUUGGUUUUUUGUUUGGGUGUUUGGGUGGGUUUGUUGGGGUGGGUGUUGGGGUUGGUGGGUGUGUAUAUGGGGUAA